UAUAGAAAAAGGGAGGAUCAGCGGAAGGGGGUUACAUUUUCUUCUUACUGGGGAGAAAUAUAUACAUAUAUAUAUAUACCCAUUGGGAGCAGUGCAAUCUGACCAGAGAAAAGCGUUUUGGAUGAUGUGUGUGUUUCAACGAUACAAAAACCAAGAGAGUAAAAGAGUAACAACAAACGGCGACAAUGCCUGAAAAGUUAAUACAAAACAAAAGAGUAUAUCAUUUAUUUAUAUAGAUGCGUGUACAAAAGCAACACAGUAAAUUGUCGUGCGCCGGCCAAAUAAGUUCAAGUGCCAAAAUAAUUAUAAAUCAAAGAAGAGAGUAAUACAAAGCAACUUUUCAGUCUAACGAAACCAAAGAUCAACGGUCGCUAUCCAAUAUCUAGUAUUCAAAAGACAGUGAGUGUAUGCGUGUCGGAGAACCAAAACGAGAAUCUGGCCUCUCCACAAACAACAAAUACGAAAUGAUUCAGCGGUGGUAAAAUCCCACAAAGACUUCUAUCACAACUAACGCACCCACCAAAAUACAAAUCAGCAAAACGACCAUGGAGUUUGCACGACGUGUGUCCGCUCGCUUUGAAACCAAAAGACUGCCCGAGGACGUGGACGAUGGCCUGGAGACACUGGAGGAGUACAAACAGCGCUGGCGCUCCGUACGAAUCAUCUACUUCACCAUGUUUCUAAUGUCGCUGGGCUUCAGCAUUAUUCUCACAGGCAUAUGGCCGUACCUCAACAAGCUAGAUCCCUAUGCGGGCAAGGAGUUCAUGGGUCUAAUUGUGGCUGCUAAUCCACUGGGGCAAUUGAUCUUCAGUCCGAUAUUUGGAUGGUGGGGCAACAAGCUGGGCAAGAUUCGCCUGCCCCUGCUUAUUUCGCUGGCCCUGUUCACCCUCGCCAGUGGCAUAUAUUCCUCUCUGGAACUGCGUCCGGAUAAUGUCAAGUACUGGAUGCUUUCCUCUCGGUUCCUCAUCGGUGUUAGCUCGGCGAAUAUAGCCCUGUGCCGGUCUUAUUUGUCGGCUGCCACGCGAUUAAGUGAACGCACCCAUGCAGUUUCAAUGGUGUCGCUGGCUCAAGUCCUGGGCUUCAUUAUCGGACCGGCUCUGCAGGCGGUGGUAACACCGCUUGGCGAGCACGGACACGUUUGGCUAUGGGGCAUGAUGCACUUCAACAUGUAUACGGCAUCCGGAUGGAUUAAUGUCCUGAUGAGCAUAGGCAACUUCAUGAUGUUUCUUCCCGGAGUGUUUGAGGAGCACAAAAUCGCUGCCCGCGAAGUGAUGGUAAUGCAGGGCGGCACCUCGGAGGAAAGCACAUGGAAAGGCAUCAAGCCGAAUUAUUUAUCCGCCUGGACUUUGAUUGUCGCGUUCUUUGUGCUGGUAUUUAACUUUGUAUUGCUGGAAACAUUGGGAACAUCCCUGACGAUGGACAUGUUCGCAUGGACCGACAAAGAGUCGCUGUGGUACAUGGGCAUAAUGAUGACCACAGCAGCUGUAGUCUCCCUGAUCACAUUUGUUUUGAUUGAACCCAUGUGCAAGCUCCUUGCCGAACGCUACGUACUCAUCUGGGGCGGUUUCUCGUUGAUGUUCCUCGGCCGAGUACUCUUUGUGCCCUGGGGCCCGGAUCCGCCCAAAUUGGCACAGCCCUUCGAUCCCAGCUGGAAUAUAAGCAAAAACGAUUCUAUCUUUUUGGGAUGCCCGGUGACGACGCAACCGUGGUGUGCCGAACUGCCGGCCUUAACAUUGACGCAGUUUAUCAUUGGAUUUGCAUUAACCUCUGUGGGAUAUCCCAUUGGGGUGACUCUCAUCCAGACCAUCUUCUCAAAGGUUCUGGGACCUCGACCGCAGGGCGUCUGGAUGGGUUGGAUGACCGGUUCAGGCUGUCUGUCGCGCGUCCUUGGUCCUGUUUUUGUGGGAUCUAUCUACACCCGUUUGGGCACAUAUUGGACCUUCGGCGUAACCUCAUUGAUGAUGCUAGUUUCAAUGUUAUUGCUCCACUGCAGCAAUCGACUGCUAAUCCCACCGACAUUUGAAAAGGCAACACCGGUGGAACUGCAAGAACUAAACAAGCCCAAUGGUGGUAAACAGGAAGAUCACUCACCCGAAGGCUCCCUUUUGGACAAGGACGAGCGCCAUCCCUCCAUUUCGUCCGAGCAUCGCAGUCAUCACUCCACAUCCCACGCGUAACGCAUGGGCUGCUUCAACGUCGCUGCAAUACUGCCCCUUAAUCUAGCUUUAAAAUACAGGUUUAUUUUUGCAUA